UGUGUCUAAGCGAUUGAAAAAAGUCGAUGUAAACAGUAGCACUAGCCUAUGUCAAUGAAAUGUAGGCAAUUAACUGUUGGCUACAAUAUAAUUCAUCGCGAGUUUACAAACUGAGGUGUUUUUGUGAACAUUCCCUACUGCACUUGCGAGAGCCGCGACAUCGAACUAGUUAGUUGCCUAAUCAUGAAGAGGCAAACUGCACGAAUUGGCGCUCAUCCCAAAGCUACAUAGGAAAAACAAAACGUUUGCAGGAUAAGCUUUGGAAAAUAAGACUCGGCACUGCUGAAUCAAAUGGAAAAUACAUUGCAGAUGACUGGGCUCGCUCCCUCCCUAAUGCUUCUCUUUGUCGGAUGUCGGUCACAUCAAACCCUGUGCGUAAAUCAUUCUAGAAGGGGACUACAGCAAGAACAGAACAGAUUUGAAAAAAUUGUUGACAGAGGGAUGGGGCGACGUCGGUGUUCUCUCCAGACAUUUAUAACUCUCCUUCCAAAAGAAGACGCGUUUGCACAUUGUCAGCGAAGAUUACCUUACUUGCUGCUUGGAAAACCAACCUACAUGGACUACUCGAAGUUACAGUGAACCAUUCUCUCUUCAUUCUAAUACGGAAAAAGUGCAAAGUAGGCAACAUGAUCGACCUUUUCUGAAGAAAGCGCAUAGGUGUAUGUGACGGUGACAUAUGUGAGACAAGUCGCGCGCAUUAGGGUAAAUUUUGUCAUCCGUGUUGCGAUAAUGUGACGACGGUCAUCGUUUUUCAAAUACCAUUUGCUUAAAAAAUAUUAGGAUAUAUAAAUAGCCUAUGUAUAUAUUCACUUUGCAAAAUAAGCGGUGAUUUCACAGCAAUAAGGCUGCAACUGCACAAGUGGGGACAAGAAGGCAACGUCGACCAACUCAAAGGAGCAGAAUCUUCUCAUCAUCAAGGAUUUCAACGAUGUAGACAGCCUUCAGCCCACUCAUUCAUCUUCCACAGCAGGGCAAAGAAAAGAUCUGUUGCCCUGUCUUGCAACAUUGAACAUAUCGGAGGAAAUGUUUCGUAGACGGAUACAGUCUUUAAAAAACAUAUAUUACAGGAAUUAAACGAUUGUGUCACCUAGCAGGUACUGUAGUUCUAACAUUAGUUGUGGCCUAUUGUGACUGCAAUGAAAACCCCAAAGAAGGUAUGAGAUAACAUGACAUUUACAUGUAAUUCUACACACAUUUAUGAAAGGUCAGCCACAUUCUGGGACAAAUACACAUUUCUCAUCAAUUGUUUUCUCGUGAUACAUCUUUACAGUUUUUUCAGCUGUGAUGCAUAUUCCACCAGAAUAGUUAAUUUAUGUUGAUCUGGCAUUGUGACGGUGUGAUCACAUUUCUACAACGCAUCAUUAGUUUGAUACUAGAUGUCAUUGGAUUUGAUCAGUUUUUGAUCAAAGUUUUUUUUUUAAUGUUAAUUGGGAAUUAACGAUACUUACUACCUUUUGUCAUCUGUUUGGCCUUAGUAAGGGAAUACUUUUUCUUUUACAUUAUCUGAACUACAUAAUCUAGUGAGCAUGUUUUUACAUAUUUUGCAAAUAUCCAGUCACAAGACCUUUUCCCUGCUAUGAUAAGCUUAAAGCUGCUCUGCCUUUGAAGAAUGGGCACUUACCUUUAAUUUUCCUUCCUCAGCAGACCAGAGAGGAGUAAGAGAUGACCCAAGUCUUGUCAGUAAAGCCCUCCCUGGACCCAGAGGACCCCCUUCUCCUGCAAAACCAGCACUUACGGGAGCACUGCACCAAGACCUCCAAAGCCACUCCCAUGGAGUCAGGGGGCCCUAACAAGCAGCUGGUGGAGGAGCUCCCCUGUAGGCGAGUGCCAGACCAUAUGACUAUGUCGAGGAUUGCCUAUAUUAAAAGGAAGUACGUGGAGGAUGAAGACUCAUACAUCACUUUUAGGAGCUACUGUAAAACUAUGGCACCAGUGCUCGAGGAGCGCGCGCAAGUGCUCCGGCUCUCCCUGGAAAAACUGCGUUUCAUUGACUACCCUGAGUCCUUCCUCCGGCGCUCUGUCCUGGUCAACAACCUUCUGCAUCGCCUCCGUGCCGAGAUACUGCUCCAGAGCGACUGGGGCCUGCCACAGAGCCUGAGGGUCCCCGCCGCCUUCCCCUCAUAUCUCAUCGCACCAGCUGAUGCGACCACGCCCUACCUGGCCUUUCAUGGUUCUCUGCCCCCACCCUGCCUGACCGCACAGGGAUCCCCCUUACGCAAGCGGUUCCGGCUGAUCCGUGGAGGGGAGCUUCAGCCCGGGUGUGUCCAGACUUGUGGAUGCCUCUACACGGCUGUAGCAGACCAAUACCUCCAUUUACCCUUUUCAGUGUACAAAACUGUGGUUAACAGCUGCUCCUCUGCCCCGCACUCCGCCUCUUCUUCAUCCCCCUCUCUCUUCCAACUAGGGUCUGGUGAGAAUAGACUGGGAGUGGAACUCGAUGUAGAGGAAGAGGGCGAAGACGGCGACGAGGAAGAAGAGGAGGAAGAGGACAGGGAAAUGAGAACAGCCAGACUUCAGAUGGCAUCCAUAGAGCGGCCAAGGCCGAGGAGCAGGACUAGGACCUUACGACUAAGAAGAAGAAAAGAAGCAGGGGAUGGUGACAGGGGAGAAGUGACGGGGGAUACAAAGGGUGACUUUACUAGAAACUGAGGAGUCACAGAAGGGGACUGGUUGAUUUAUGUGGUCCUUGUAAGAUUAUUAAAAGGAACUUACUCUCUGGUAAAGUUACUAUGUUGGGAUUCAAAUACUUUAAGUGAGCUGCAGCUUAGCUUUGCACUGUCUCUAUAAACCCCCUCAGUACAAAAGAGGAAUUGAGGCUCUACUAUUGGUAAAUCUAGACCUUAUUAAACUGUCUAUGAAAUUGAGAGUAGGUUGAGUUGAGAUAUAUCAAAUGUAGCAUAUUAAAACUUCAUAUUUAAAGCAGUUUUGAACAGGUUUGGGAUAAAAGUAGUUCCUGUUGAUUGGUAUAGGCAGAUGUAGUUAGCAGGAGUCUCGGGCUAUUGACAUGUUGACAAGGAUGAGACAGUAUUCUAUGCUAGAGCAAACUAUUUUGGGAAUUGCUGUGAGACACAACAGUCAAAACAAAACAUCUGUUUUUCACCAACAACAAAAAAACACGUGGUGCCUUUUUAUUUUUUAUAUUCUUCUGUAAUAGAGUACUGUUCUGUGCUUGUUCUUGUGACUAUGUGUCUUGCAUUUCAAGUGACUGCAUCACACCGAUACCAAAGGACAGGUAAAAUAGCUGGAAAACAAUUCUCUGAAAGAUUCCUAUUCCGCAGACGUGAGGUCACUGCACUUACCGUAUGCUUGAUCUUACUUCCUGUCAAAGCACAACCUAACCCAACGACACACAAAUGACAUGCAGACCAUUGACCUGGUUUGAGAAUUAGUAGUUUGUGAAAAACAUUUUAGAAUUUACAGAAAAUCCCUACUUCAAAGGGAUAACUCAAUUUACUUGUACUUCAGAACCCACUAAAGUAAAUAAUUGAAAUGUACUUUUGAAUAUGUUGCACAGCUUGAUAUUUAACUCAGCAGAGAAGCAAAGUGCAGAAAUGCAGGGGUCAGAUGGCUGAGUGGUUAGGGAGUCGGGCUAUUCAUCAGAAGGUUGUUGGUUUGAUUCCCGGGCCGUGCAAAAUGACGUUGUGUCCUUGGGCAAGGCACUUCACCCUACUUGCCUCGGGGAGAAUGUCCCUGUACUUACUGUAAGUCGCUCUGGAUAAGAGCGUCUGCUAAAUGACUAAAUGUAAAUUGCUCGUUUGAGUUAAGGCAGUCGACCGCUGUGUGAUCAAUCCCAGUAUACAAUUUAUACAAGUCUUUGCAACAGAACAUGUCAUUAAUUCACAAUCAUAGAGCUAGUACAGUAAAAAACUGCACAGUAAUGAAACCUAAUACAAAUUUGACAUUUGAUCUUAAAAGAAAGUCUACAGACAUUUGUAAAGAUAUAGUUAUUUCAACACACGAAAUGUCUGUAGGUCUUUACUCCUGUGAGUCCCUCUGCUCUACAGAAUGGAUAGGAUCAUUACCUUGUCAUUAAGUUAGUUUCCUUUUAAUUACUGAAAUUGAGUCUGUAGAGCAUGGUAUGGAUCACCAUUUGUAGAUAAGAGACAUGGAAAAUUGGGUUUGAUAAAAUUGAACUGGAUUCACAUAAAUUUUGGUUUUGCAUGCAAUUUUGUUCUUUGUCAUUUUUGUUGUUUGCAAAGUGCUUUUCUAGAAUCUUAAAAAAUGUGGAACAAAGUCAUGCAAAAGGGAAAAAGCAAUACACAUAUUUCAAGAUAAAGCUAUUUUGACGUAAU